CCUCUUCCCGGGUGUGACUUAGAUUAUUAUUUUUAUUAUUAUCAGAAGAUAACUACAUAAUACUGAGAUUAUUUAUCCAUUAUACAAAAUUUGGGGUGGAGGUUAAGAAAGGAAAGGGAACAAGGAAACCCUUGAUUUGGACGUGCAGAAGAGAAGAGAGAAGAUAGAAGAUAGGAUAGGAUGAACAACGCAAGUGCGCUCAGAGCAGGUGCUAUGGCAUCGUCGAUGGUGAGCGUGUCCCCAAAUUGUUACUGCAACUGUAAUUGCUCAUCGACGACGAUGAUGCAUAUGAGGAAGACGACGAAGAUGCCUUUGUCAGUUGCAAUGAAAAGCAAAUUCGUUCGUGGUGUUCGGUGCGAGGUUGCCAUAAACGCGGUGGAAGAGUCGACAACUUCAGCAGAGGCGAAGGUUGGAGCGCGGGUUAAGGUGAAGGAGGGUGUGAAGGUUUACCACGUCCCCAAGGUUCCGGAGCUUGACCUUACGGGUAUGGAAGGUGAGAUCAAGCAGUACGUUGGCCUCUGGAACGGUAAGCGAAUCUCUGCCAAUCUUCCUUACAAGGUUCAAUUUGUCACUGAAAUCCAAGGUCGUGGUCCUGUCAAGUUCUUGGCUCAUCUCAAGGAAGAUGAAUUCGAUUAUCUUUAGCUUCUCCUUAUUUGUAUGUCACUCACUUCCCUCAUUAUUACAAUACUAUUACUUCUACCGCUGAAUAAUCAAAUCAUCCAUGUGAUGUGAUGUUAUCUGCACUGCACCCUUGUUGUGUAUAAUGUAAUCGAUCCUCCUCUUCAUACCUUCCAAUUUUAAUCCUCUUUAAUUUUCACUCUA